CUGCAAAACCACUCAAAGGAAAAUACACAGAGGUGGCACAACAAAUCCUGACAAUAGCAAAAAGGCACAUAACGUUUUGUGGAUCAUGGAUAAGUGGAGAGAUCGUUCUGUUCCAGGACCAAAAAAGCCAAGUCGUUUCCAGAAAGGGAGGAGGGAUCAUCCUUAUGUGAACCAAACUCUGCCUUAUAAAAAUGUGUACAAAACCCAGACCUUCAUUAAAGCAGAAAGUGGGAGCCGUACUGGACCAUUUUUCCGUUGUUCCGGGAGAAGAAGUGAACAUGAUGUCCCGCAACACAAACCAGAUAUUAAACAACAACCAUAUGCGUGCUUAGAAAGUUGGAGAUCAAACAGAGAACAUUAUCCUGGUUCAAGAAGUAGAGGUCAUGACUUCCCGCGACACAAGCCAGUUAUUACACAGGAGCCAUCCACUUGCCAAGGAGACAAUUUUGAUUGGAAAAGACACAUUCUGAAGUUUAUUGUUACAGAUUUACAGACACCACUGCUUGUUGAAGAAGAUGGAUUCCAAAAUUUCUUGAAAGCCCUAAAUCCCAAUAUUGAUUAUGCACUAAGUGCCUCUGCAGUUCGAAAAGAACUGUCGAGCGUGUAUGAGGCUACAAAGAGAAAUGUCAAAAAAGCUGUGAUAGAUGCCAGCGAUCUAGUGCUCUCUGCUGAACUGUGGCUCUCAAGCAAAAAAGAGUCGUAUCUAACAGUAACAUGUCACUUUAUUGAUAGGAAGUGGGAUCUGAAAUCAUACACUCUAGAAACAGCUCAUCUUCUUGGUGAAGAUACACCAGAAAAGGUUAAUGAACAUCUUUGGAGAAUUUCAAGAGAAUGGGACAUUGUGGGCAAAAUACAGGUGGUGGUUGUCAAUGUGGAUAAAAUGAAAAGGGGCAAGCUAGCAUCAGACUGGACGUACAUACCUUGCUUCAGCCACACCCUCAACAAAGUCAUCCAAGAAGUUGUGGAAAGCCCUGAUUGGAGAUAUUUGAUAAAUAAAUGCCGUCGUAUUGUUCAAUUUUUCCACCAGGAAAAUGAAGCUUUAUGGUGUCCCCAUUUGACACAAUCAUCUAAUGGGGACUGGCUUUCAACACUUAAUAUGGUGAGCAAGAUCUGCCAACAGUGGCCAAAGUUUUCCCAGGAUGCCGAUUACAAACGUAAUGAUCUUUGGCUAAACGAAAAUGAAAGGGGUUUGCUGCAAAAUAUGAACAAGGUGCUCACGGUUGUCAAAAAUGUCAUGCAGGAGAUUGGGACAUGCAGAUACGUUCCUGUCUCCAACAUCAUACCUCUGAUUGACAAGCUUCAGUCGAGUCUACAAAGUCUAACACCAGAAAACAACGUUGCCUCGAAGCUCAGUGAGAGAUGUAAAUAUCAUUUUGGAAACAUCAAUGAAAAUAUGUUGUUCACUGUCAGCACAGCACUGGACCCAAGAUACAAAAAUAGUGUACUGAAGACUGAUAAAGGGGAAAAAGUCAAAGCAAAGAUCAAAGAGGAACUGGGCAACCGGGAUUGUGAAGCUUUACUUCUGCGAUACAUUGUAGAAAAAGAUGUCCCAGCAACUCAGAAUCUGCUGCAGUACUGGGCAGCUCAAAACAAUUCAAAGGACCUGGCCAAGGUUGCACACAAAUAUCUCAGUGUGAUCUCUACUGCUAUUCCAAUAGAGCAGAUGAUGCAUGAGAACAACUCACGGAUCAUUUUUAACAGGAGGAAAUGCUUAGAGCUUGAAGAUAUGAACAUGAUGCUGUUUCUGAAUGCCAAUUACCAAAACAUUUGAAUUGUGGUGGUGGGAAAAACCUGUCCGACUAUCUACAAUUCUAAAAAUCUAAACUUUAUUCAUGGCCUGCGUUUUUGCCUCUUCACUCGAUUAAUAUGUUUUUUUUGGAACAUCAGUGGAAAAAUAGUAUUUCAUUUGUUCACUAAGUCUUGUGUUGUUGAUUGUCUUUUGUUAUUAAUACUAAAUUAAUAAAACUACAUAGUGUUGUGAUGUGACCGUGUAGGAGCAUUGUAGACAUUUUUGACAUCCAGGAAUCUAAACAAGCUGUAUUAAUUAGGCUUGUUUCAAAUUUAACAUGGCAUGUACAGUAGGUUUCCAACAACACAAUCACAUCUUAUCAUUCACUGCGUGAUGAAAUCACUCACAAAGCACUUAGCUAGACAAGAAAUAAACUCUUGAUUGGGACACCAAGUCAGUUGGAUGGAAACACCUACAACUUAGGCAACUUGGAGUCACCGAACCGCCUACCAGCCAUUUAGGACUACAAAACGGAUCCAGAAAAAAUCCACAUAAGCAUGGGAAGAAUAUUGGAAUUCAUGGACCUAAUGUACAUAUUUAGAGGUAAAGACUAUGACAAAAAAGAAAUGCUUUUUAUUUUAUCUUCUGACUUCUAAUAUUUGACUGAAAAGAAAAGAUUGUGUUAAGAGAUAAAUGUUACUGUAUAUAUUACUAUAUUAUAUAUUUUUCAUACUGCAAUAAUCUUUCUUUUAACAUACUUUAAAGUGAUAUUUUUAGUUGUUUUGUUAAAACACUAAAACAUGUCUUGUCACACAAAUUAAAA